AUGUCAAGUCAAGGCCCUCUCCCCGUGCCCAACUCGACUGAAUCCUUCUGGAGAACAGAGCUUCAUGAUUUGGACAACCAUCGCACUACCUCAGCCCUCCCAUCUGAAACCGAUGUGGCGAUCAUCGGCGCUGGGUUUGCAGGGGCGGCCCUUGCUCACUACAUUUUCGAAGACAACCCAAGCCCACCGUCCGUAGUAAUCCUUGAGGCGCGCGAGGCGUGCUCAGGAGCAACUGGUCGAAAUGGUGGCCAUCUGAAACCGGAUGUUUACUUUAGUAUCCCGAAGUACAUCAAAAAGUACGGGGUCCGCAAUGCCGUUGAAGUUGCCAACUUUGAAGCCUCACAAGUCUACGCAGUCAAGGAACUAGUGGAGAAGGAGAAGAUAGACUGCGACUUUACCCUUACUCGAGCCUGCGAUGCUACUGUUCACGAGGGUCUAGCGAAGGAAACCGAGGAGGCGUUCGCAGAUUUGCAAGAUUCAGGAGUUGCAAACUUGAAAGAUGUCCAUUAUACUGGACGAAAGGACGCAGAACGUGUUUCUGGGGUUAAAGGGGCAUUGUGCUGCUGGACCUUUACGGCAGGCCACGUUUGGCCUUAUAAGAUGGUCAUGCAUCUUCUGAAAAAAGCCGUAGAGAGCGGUGCAAACCUUCAGACAAACACUGCGGUCACCAACGUAUCCGAAAAGCCCUUGCCAGAUGGGCGAUGGCAGAUAACCACAGCGAGAGGCUGUAUCAUUGCCAAGAAGGUGUUAUACGCCACCAAUGGCUAUACGGCGAACCUGGCGCCACAAUUCAAAGAUCACAUUGUUCCUGUCCGUGGAAUCUGCAGCCGAAUAGUUGUACCAGAGGGAAAAGUGGCACCCUAUUUGCCACAGACUUACAGUAUACGUUAUGGCCCGGCGUUGUAUGACUACCUCAUUCCACGUAAUGACGGAAGCAUCAUCGUGGGUGGUGCGAAAUCAAGAUUUUGGUCAGAUCGAUCGAAUUGGUAUAACGUGUGGGAUGACAGUAAACUCAUUGAUCCGGCAGUAUCCCAUUUUGAUGGGUUAAUGCAGAGAAGCUUUAUAGGCUGGGAAAAUAGCGAUGCUCAUGUAGACAAGAUUUGGACAGGAGUCAUGGGCUAUAGCUCAGACUUCAUGCCAUACAUUGGCGACGUGCCAGACAAGCCCGGUCAAAUGGUCAUUGCUGGCUUCUCGGGACAUGGUAUGCCGUUGAUCCUUCUCUCAGCCAAGGCAAUUGUACAAAUGAUACGACAUGGAAAGUCGUUUGAGGAUACUGGAGUACCUUCGGUGUUCAAAGCCACGAAGGAACGGCUGGACAGCACUAGGAACGAAAUACUGGGGGAUGAUGCCGAAGAUCAGUUAAGACAGCCAUAUAGACAUGCUGUUUAG